AUGCAGCGCAAGCAGGGGAUUCCGACCAGGUGCAGAUUGGGCUGCGCGCCGUUGCAGAUCCUCCUGUCCCGUGGCGCUGGCAAAGAUGACAAAGAUGCCGCAGGUCAGACAGCACUGCACCAUGCCUCCAGCGGCCUUGCAGCCAAAGCACUGCUGCACGCCUGGGCAGAUGUCAAUGCACUCGACUUGCGGGGCCAGCGGCCGCUGCACUGCGCGGUGGUGGCAAGGAAUAAGGAGGUGGUGGCUGAACUGCUGAAGGCUGAGGCAGAUGUGGAUGCGCGGCAAGUGCAGCUAAAGCGGCUUGAGGUGAGGUUGGAGCGACCGAACUUGCAGCAGGUCUGGGGCUUUCAGUGGCAGAAGCCGCUGCUCCUGCGACAGCGCCGGUGUGUCGAGGCCAUUCUGCCCAACUCCCCGGCCAGCCGCUGGAACGAAGAGCGGGCUGCUGGAAGUGAGAUGCUGAAGCCAGGCGCCGAGCUGCUGGAGGUGCGGGCGCCGGGCAGCGCCCAGGAGGCGCUGCGGGGCGCGCGGAAGCUGCGCCUCGUCUUCGGGCAAGGCGCAGAUGUUGGCGAUUCGCCCGUGCACUUGGCCGUGCGACAAGGUGACGUGCCGCUCCUGACCAUGCUGCUGCACGCGCGGGCGGAUAGCAACCUGCUUGGAGCAGAUGGCACCACGGCGUUUGAGCUUGCAGAGCACCAGCCAGAGCUGCUGGAAGUGCUCAUGCUGGUCACCUCUGCACCGGAGGCCUUCACCCCCAGGCGAAGGCAGCAGAUCAUGCGGCCGGUCUUUGACGAUGAGGCCCGGCUGAGUCUACACCGCGCAGCUGAGAGAGGGGACCUGCAAGAGGUUGAGCAGCUCCUCCUCACUGUGGACGCGGACGCGGCGAUGGAGCGUGAGCUGGAGCUCACCUUGCAGCGCCGGCCAGGCGAGGAGCUUUGGGGCUUCGAGUGGAAUGACUUCCACGACCAUCGCCAGCGAAGGGUCAUUGAGUCCAUCCUGAUAGAGAGCCCUGCGGGCGCCUGGAACACAGAGCAGGCAGCCAUGGGCGCAGAGACCCUGUGCCGAGGCGAUGAGCUGCUGGAGGUGAAUGGCCAGAGCAGCUAUGAGGCGCUCAAGGAGCUGCGGCGCUGGCACAAGGUGCAGCUGGUCUUCCGGCUCAGCGGGUGCACGGCUUUGCGCCUGGCAGCCCAGCAGGGCCACCACCAGGUGGUGGCAGCCCUGCUGCGCGCCAGGUCGGAUGCCAACCUUGCUUGGCAAGGCCAGCAGUUCGACCUGGAGCUUACACGCAGCGGUGACCAAUGCUGGGGCUUUCAAUGGGAUGAGCGCUUUGAGACUUCGCAGCGCCGGGUGCUGUGGGCCAUGUUUGCGAAUAGCCCCGCAGCGCAGUGGAAUCAGCAGAUGAUGGAGCAGAAAGCAGAGCCACUCAAAAGGGGUGACGAGCUGGUGCUCAUCAAUGGCAGAGAUGCCAGGAGCUGCUUGGCGCUGCGGGAGCUCUCGGUGCAGCUGCGCUUCCAGCGCCGGCGCCGGGCGGUGUCCUCGGCGCUGCAGCUGGCGGCGGUUGCGGGCCACGACGCCGUGUGCGACCUCUUGCUGGGUGCCGGGGUGCAGCCUGACAUGGACUUGCCCUCUCCGCUGAAGUUGUUUUCCGACUCCGGCAAGGCAGUGCUGGAGCUUUGGACAGAAGAGCAGCUGGUCACCGCAUUCCUGAUCCGCGUCUCGGACUCCUGGCAGGCAGUACGCCUUGAGGUGCAAAGACGCCUGGAGGUGACACGGGCCAGUUUCAUUUUCAAGGGUCGCGAGCUUGAUCCCGCCAAAGCAGUGGAGGAGUUUGCCGGUGGCCAAAGCGUCAUCAGUUUCACGGUUGUCUACCGCGAGGAGCUGCUGGGCGCCCUGAAAACCGGGGACCUGGCGCAGGCAAACUUGGCGUCGCCCACCUGCGUGCUGAGCGCGCCGAGCCUAUCCGGGCAUGAUGCCACCUAUGAUGUGGGCGCCUUUGGCACAUGGGCAUUCUUCAUUUUCACAGUUGCUUGA